AUGCCUUCAAAUGCGACAGAGAAACCUCGUUUCUUAUAUAUCCGUUCCUCCGAGUCAUUUAUUGUGUUGACCGUUUCGGUAGCCCUCUUUGUUAUUAUUCCUAUUAUACCGAAGGCAAUCGUUGACCGUGCCGGAGUGCGACCAGAAGAUGGUAAAUUUGAUUUCGUCAAUCUACACAGGCCAUGA